CCAACCUGCCGGGCCGUCCCGCCACCUGGCCCUCCCCGGCUGCCGCUCUCUGCUCCGGGGGCCGCGGUUCCGCAGCACGGAACACACGGAAACGCGACGUCAGCCUGGAGCCACAGGGGCUGUCGCCACGCACCGCACCUCACUUCCCCGCGGCUCCCACCACCCCUCCGCCCUGCCGCAGAGCGACGCCGGGGCCACAAAAGGGCUGUUCGAGAAAAAGCCCCCGGGCGCAAGCUCGCUCCCGGUCGCCUCAGAGCGCGUUUCAGGAGCUAUCGAGCAGCCCUGCCACCGCCCUGCCCCUAGCUGCCGCCUGCUGCCGCUGUCACCUCGCGUGCCCCUCGCCGGUUCCGCCGCCGGUAGCCGCCACUCAACGUCUGCGCGGAAGGCGACCGGGAAGGGAAGGGAAGGGAAGGGAAGGGUUGCGCGGCUGCUCCGCCCAGCCCAGCCGGCGGCUCCUCCCCCGCCGCUCGCCGCGCCGCGCCUGUGGCAGCCCGGCAGCAUGGCGGCCGUGGAGACCCGCGUCUGCGAGACGGCGGGCUGCAGCAGCGAGGCCAAGCUGCAGUGCCCCACCUGCCUCAAGCUGGGAAUCCAGGGCUCCUACUUCUGCUCUCAGGAAUGCUUUAAGGGAAGCUGGGCUACACACAAGUUAUUACACAAGAAAGCAAAAGAUGAAAAAGCUAAGCGUGAAGUAUCUUCUUGGACCCUGGAAGGUGACAUCAACACAAAUCCCUGGUCUGGUUAUCGCUAUACUGGCAAACUCAGGCCGCAUUAUCCCCUGACACCAACGAGACCUGUGCCAAGUUAUAUUCAGAGACCAGAUUAUGCUGAUCAUCCACUAGGAAUGUCUGAAUCAGAGCAGGCUUUAAAAGGAACCUCUCAAAUAAAAAUACUUUCACCUGAAGAUAUAGAAGGGAUGCGAGUAGUGUGUAGGCUUGCUAGAGAAGUAUUGGAUGUUGCUGCCAUGAUGGUGAAAGCAGGUGUAACUACUGAAGAAAUUGAUCAUGCUGUCCAUUUAGCUUGUAUUGCAAGGAAUUGCUAUCCUUCUCCUCUGAAUUAUUACAAUUUCCCUAAGUCGUGUUGUACAUCAGUGAAUGAAGUGAUCUGUCAUGGAAUUCCUGACAGGAGGCCAUUACAGGAGGGAGAUAUCGUUAAUGUGGAUAUUACUGUCUAUCGUAAUGGCUACCAUGGAGAUCUGAACGAGACAUUUUAUGUUGGAGAAGUUGAUGAGGGUGCAAAGAGGCUUGUCCAAACGACGUAUGAGUGCCUAAUGCAAGCCAUUGAUGCAGUAAAACCUGGUGUUCGGUAUAGAGAACUGGGAAACAUUAUUCAGAAACAUGCUCAAGCAAAUGGAUUCUCAGUCGUUCGGAGCUACUGUGGGCACGGAAUCCAUAAACUCUUCCAUACAGCCCCUAAUGUGCCACACUAUGCCAAAAAUAAGGCGGUUGGAGUAAUGAAGCCAGGUCAUGUAUUUACAAUUGAACCAAUGAUCUGUGAAGGUGGUUGGCAAGAUGAAACGUGGCCUGAUGGUUGGACUGCGGUAACAAGGGAUGGAAAGCGAUCAGCUCAAUUUGAACACACUCUUCUGGUUACCGACACAGGCUGUGAGAUCCUAACCCGGCGGCUGGAUAGCAUUCGUCCCCAUUUCAUGUCCCAGUGAUAGUCUAGGCUGAGCAGGUGGAUCGGAACGAUACUUAUUUGUCUCUGUACUAUGCAUUUUUUUAAGAGUACAGAGUAGAGAGGAGUUUCAUCAUUUACUUUGUUCUCACUGUAGAUAAGAGAGGAAUUCAUUGAAGAACCUGACACAAUGUCUGGUAAAGCAGAGAAUUUAAAUAAUUUUCUGCUUUCCUCCUACCUACAACACUCGUGCUAUGUUUUUCUUUUUUCUUCAGUUAUCUCUUUUGCACCUUUCUCCCAACUAGACCUGCAGUUGCUUCUGUUGCUGCCAUAUUAGCUAGAGAAGUGUGGGUAAUCUUUCCCACCUGGACUUGUUAUUCUGGGAUCCAGUUUUCUUUUCACCUCAGUGUGCCAUGUCUCUCUUGGUGUGUGAGCGGCACCUGAGAUUUUAUGCGUUUCUAGUUCCAAAGACCUGUUCCUGCUUCUGCAGAUACCAUUCUAAUGGGCUGGGCCUCGUUUGUUUAUCAGCUGAGAAACAGUUGAAGGGAGAAGGACGUGCAUGUUGCCAAGAAUAGAUGACCCUUACCUUUAAUUCUGUUCCCUUCUUUCUGCUGAUGACCUCUGUGGUAAUUGUGACUGUAGGUGACGCACGAUAUUAAUGCAGGACUUACUUCUUUUGCUAGAGAUUGAUAGAAUGGGCUUCCUACAGGGAAAAAUGCUAAAUUCUGUCUUAACUGCAGCUCUGCAACAAGCCGCCUCUCUGUGGAGCAGUGUUUGCAGGCAGUCUCCUGCUCCAAAAGCUUGGUGAAAAUGAUGCAUCAGACGUGGCUAGAGAAAAAGAAUAAAACAAGAACCAAAAAGAUCCCACGAUUCAUAGGAUCCCUCCGUGGGUCAGCUGUGGGACAUUUGUUACAGGUACGUCCACAGUAGCUGUGGGGGACUGGAUUUGCGAGACUUACAGUGAGAUGAGUCUAUAUCUCAAAAGUCCGAGUAUGAGAAGAUGAAACAUCAAUGCUGUAUUUUUGUAGUUCUGAAACAGCUGUUUCUCCCUCAUCAAACAGUUGCAUGAGUUUCAUGGUUUCGUAAAGUCUUAGGGGGACAUAGGAAAACUGAUCUUUUCCCUCAGACUCUGUAGAACGGGCAAUCUUAAUCUUAGCACAUACACACUUUUUUCUUGUCUAUCUGUGGAUCAUGAUCAGCUGGUAACUGUCACCUUAAGGAGUGUAGAUUAAGCCUCUGUCUUCUCUGUACCCUUUCUUUUCUCCUGCUCACUUCCUUUCCAUUAUCUUUGGUGUCUUUGCUGAGGGAAUUUAUUUUUUCUUUUCUGAAUUGUAAUGAAAUUUUUUUCAGACCCCAUUGCAGACUUAAAAGUCUUACACCACUGUAAUGCAAGAAAUAGUUAAACCAAUGCAGACAUUAAAUCAUACAAAUAUGGGCAUAAAAUACACUUUUUACAAGGUAUCUAGUGAAUUUUUUGUCGCAUUAGAUCCAAGCAUGAGGUACCGCAUGCCCUUGGCACUGCAGAAUUUAGAUGGAAAAGUGUUAGUGCUGCACAGAACUGGAUUGACAUGUGUACUACCAAAUACCAAAUUUACCAGAAAAUGUCUUCUCUGCCCUGAGUGCCUCAGACCUCUGUUGCUGUAAGAGUAUCAUUGCAAUGUCUUCAUUACCUUUAUUAUUAUUAUUUUUAAUUAUGCAGUAAAGUGACCUGAAAUGAUGCAUAGAGUGUGUGUGUGUGUGUGUGUGCGUGUGUAUGGGUGUGUAUAGAUUUUAACAAAACAGACUGUAGUACUCUGAGUGGAAUUACCUGUGUUGAAUGAAACAUAAUGUAUUGAGGAGAUGACUAUCCUGGAGGUUUGCCCACCAUCUCACUCACAUGAAUGGUUACAGUGGUCUUGCCUUUUCUGUGUGUGUGUGUGUGUGUGUGUGUAUGUGUGUGUGUGAUGGGGGGGGAGGGGGGCUCAUUUUUGUUCUAUAAAAUAAAAAUUGCAGCUGCUUUUAACAGAAAUCACAUUUUUUUGUGAUCCAAAACUAGAUAUAGCAUUCUCAAGGUUUCUCCAGGUUUGCUUGUACCAGUGCAAGCCUACUAGCAGAUGCAUGCAGCCAGUUAAAAAUCACAGUUAAACCUGUGCAUGUGUAACGUGGAUACCUCUUCGUUGUUGCACAAACACAACCAAACUUAGCACUGCAGGUUUACACCACAGGUAAUCUAUGAUGCUAUGCAUUUCUGUCUAUAAAAUGAAAUCACAGUAAAAAAAACCUGUUUCUACUGAGUUCAUACUGUUGCAGUAUUUUUAAACAAGCGAAAAGUUUGGACAGCAUCUAAACCUGUUCUUUGAACACAAGACAGAUAACACGUCAGCCUGGAGAACAGAAUUAUUUAAUAAAGAUGUUGUGAAAGACCUUUUUCACCUAUCUAGCUGUAGCUUUGCUUGAAUGUUAUGUAUUACGCUCGUGCUUACUGGAUUUGGGAAAUGAUCUAUUCUUUAUUCUUCCAGACGUUGCUAUCCACUACAAAGUACAACAUAACAACAAAAAACCUUACAUCAAUUUUCUAAUUAUGUUUUUUUCAGAAAUUCUUGCCAAAAACACAGUUGUGCAGCCUUCUCUUAAACAAUCUCUUAUUUUCCCUUUACUGUUGCCUCCAAUUCCAGAAUCAGACGAGACCGUACUGAAAGCAUUCAUACUGUUUUUGCAAACCAAUAUGGAUACUUAAGUGGAGAAGAUGUGAUGGGUAAUAUUGAAUAAAAAUAACAGCCUGAGAACAGGAAACGUGUGACAUUUUAGUGCUGCUACUGCAUUUUUAUGUGAGAGCUAACAGAGUGCAUUCACAACGUAUGGUCAUUUGGUGGAAGAGUUUUGUCCACUGAAGUCCUUGCAGUUGGCGAGACAACUAUAGUUCAGUACAGUACCUCAGUGACUAAGAAUGGGGUACAAGGAAGAGACCUUGCCUUUAAUGAGCCCCCUUCCCAUGAGGAGGACAAUCUGUUUAAUUAACAGCUUUGCAGGACAAGGUAGUCUGAAAAUUCCAACAAGUAGGACAUCAAUUCUUCAGCCUGGGAAGAAGCUGUAAGUCUUUUAAACUGAAUUCUUGUAUUGCUGAAUGUCUUUCUUUGUCUUACCCUGGUGUAAUAAGACUAGUGUUUCAUAAACACAGUAAUCUACAGAUUCUCUAGGGUAAUAACAUAAUCCAAACAGCGUGCUUGUGUAGUCUUGAUUUAGUACAUGAAACCAAGAACAACUGUUAUGAAAUAAGUGCUUUAAUUUUGUUGCAUCGGUCGGGAAGAGGAGGCUUGCUAAGAUGCUGAGCGAAUACCGUAUUGAUAUAAUCCUGUAGUUUCAGAGUGCCCUAGGGGGAACUACUUACAGUAAAAUUUUUUACUAAAUUCUCUAAUUUUCAGCCAGUAUUUAAGGAGCUUAUAAAGUACUGGGAAUCAUCUCACUGCUAUGUGGGAGGGCUUGCUUUCCUGGUAGAAAUUCACUUGUUAUUUUUUCUUAGCUGCUUAAAAUUCAAUUCUUACGACAUUUAACGGGAGUUAAUUUAUUUGUUGUUUGGUCUCUCUGAAAUGAAGUUAGAAAUGCAGCUACCUCAACUGUUUUCAGAAUGCUUUGAGGAUCUCUUUCCAGUAACAAAUGGAAAAGAUGUAACUGUCCCAGUUGUAUAGCAGUGUAUUGGGGCAAGACAAUUACUAGAAGAAAAUUGCCUCUUAUGUCUAAGAUGACUACCUUGUGUUUUCUGAACAGCUGUUUUGACCAGUGUCCCUUGGGAAAAAAAAAAAAGGAACUUCUCUUAACAAGCAUCCUUAGCUUUUUAUGUAUAUAACCUUCUUUUAAACUAGGUCGAUUUUCUGCCUCUGCUUUGCAGUCUGUUUCAGUGCCUGUUUUUCCAGACCUGCUGCGCUGCUUCCAGGUUUCAAUUCCAAUAAGUUUUAUCCAGUCAGAUCACAUCAGCUAUUGUUAAAGAAACCCUACAAUUUCAAAUUAAAACACAACAACACCAGCAGUUCCAACAAAUAAACGGAAAGAACCCUGAAGCCUUCAUUGGA